AUGAAACGUUUCCAAAACGUUUUCGGACAUGAUGGGGACGACAAGGGUUUGUGGGCACGUAGAAAAGAUACCAAAGAAAGAGCGAAGGACAAAGCAGAAGGGCUUAAGGAGAGAGUAAAGGGUAAGGCUGAGGAGCUUGGAGUGAAGACGAAGGUGACGGUGAUAGGAGCUUGGGCCACUGAAGCUGUGGUUAUUCCUGAAGAAGAUGCAGAUAAGGCACAGGCUGAUAUGGAUAAAGGUGUGGAAGAUCUAACCCAAAAAGUGGAGAAAACAGCAGAGAAGGACCGAAAGGAGGAUGAGUUCCUAACAUUUAAGUAA